UCAAUGCCAGGCGUUUAUAUUUUAUUGUAGCGUAUUGUUCCUAGUCAGAACCGAUUGAUUAGCCAUGACUGAAUUCGUGCGAAGGUUUGGCAGGCAUCGACGACGUAAGAGCCCCGCGAGGAACUCCUCGGGACGCAGUGAAUGGCAUGGUUGGGGAAUAGUGGUGGUCCUUGCUGCACAUCUCAGCAUAGCGCUACUGGACGGCUUACUGCGAGGCAUCGGCGUCUUUUUCCUGAGCUGGAGGGACGAUUUCGACUCAAGCGCCCAAGCAACGGCGGCCGUUUCGAGUAUUCUCACUUCCGUUUACUCCUUUUCUGUGCUAUUAGGCGGCGUGAUGACGAAACACUGUGGAUGUAGAACAACGGGAAUAUUUGGAGGCAUGCUCACGUCUGUCGGCAUAUUCAGCAGCCACUGGGUGAAGGAAAUAUACCAGUUGUACAUUGCAGCCGCAGUACUAGGUGUUGGUCAAGGCGUGGCAUUCAACGCAGUCACCGUAGCUGUUGCCAUGCACUUCAAGAGUCAAUUCAAGACAGCCUAUGCCGUGGCGUAUGCCGGGGGUGGAGUGGGCGGAAUAGCCAUACCUCCGCUACUUCAACUGCUACUGGAAGCCUACGGCUGGAGGGGCGCCAUGUUGGUGAUAUCAGCGAUUGCAGCAAAUUUGAUCGGGCUUAGCGCCCUCUGCCGACCGCCCAGGAGUGAGCGUUGUUUGCAUGCGGCAAACACUCUGGAAGUUCAGAUGCGAAGUUCUUUUGACGAAAGUGUGGCUGAUGGCUCGAACAUGAGAAGCGAGGACCACAGUGUGUCCGACGCUGACUUUCCGGAAGUCGGGGAAUCUGGUGGAGAGCGCCCUGCCAACUCAACCACUGAUGACUUCACAGAAAUCGAUUCAAUUAAAACAGGCUCUAAAUCCGUGAAACUGACCCAUCCCCUGCGUGGAUUCGCUUCCGCCGUAGGGUUGGACCUCUUCGUCAAGAGCUAUCGGUUCACCCUCGUGUGUCUCUCAACGAUCGAACUAGGCUUUGCUUCCUACGGCUGUUCGCAGUUCAUCAUUCCGCGCGCUGAGAGCACCGGUGUGGCGCCCUCCAGCACCGCACUCUUGCUAAGUAUGUACGGCGUAGGACUUCUGGUGGGUCGCCUCGGAAACGGGCUGCUGAUCGUCUGUCGAAUGUCUGCUGAGACCGCGAGCGGUUUCUGCCUUUCCAUGGCCGGUGUCUCGCUGCUGCUGAUGAACGUGGACAGCUAUGUGUCGAUGGCCUUGGCUACCUUUACUCAGGGCUUGACAAGCGGAGCCAUUUAUACUAUUUUCAUUGUCCAGAUUCGCCAUUAUGUUGGCUUGGAGCACUUCGGCGUAGCCGUAGGAUUGAACUGCAUAUUUAAUGGUAUUGGCGGCUUGUGUGGACCUCUAAUAUCCGGCCUGCUGUAUGACGUGACGGGCAGCUACAAGACAAUCUUCUACCUACUUGCCGGGGUGUACUUCGCCGGCGCAUUGCAGACGCUGUUCUUCCCGCUGUUGAAACGUCUGGAGCCGGGGGUUGAGAACACCGAACAUCGCUGAUUUCAAACAGUGGUGUCGCAUUGGACCUCUAACCCCAGCAUUAGGAAAACAAUGUGUGGAUUUAGGUUUUUUGGUCCCUAAGUUCUGCCUUUCUGCCUUUCUCCGUUGGUUUUCCACUUUUGACCUAAAGAAAACUGCGCAAUGUGCUUCAUUGUCUAGGCCUACUUUUCUAUCGUUCUUAUGUCAUUUUUAAUCACCAACCUCUUAAUCCAACAAAUUGUACUCACUAACUGCAUGAAGGUAGGAGAUGCUAACUGAUUCCAAGUUAAGAAAAGAAGCAGUCUGCUGUGUUCCGGUUUAGUAUGAAAGUCGGACUUUGUGAAAAAUGGACUCCCUGAUUGCGUUGCGCAUGUCUCAUUGUACAGUAUAGUGAUAAUUCCCAGUCACAUUUAACGCCGUUUAGGAGUCCUUUUCAUGUUAAUGAGACAAGACAGGAGUCCGAAUUGUAUAAUUCACAUGAUUCUUUGUUGCAAAAAUGAAUGCAUUUAUACAACCAUUUAUAUGAAAUUGUAUAACCAUUUAUACGACCACAUUCUCCUCCAAAACAAGGAACAUUGGAAUCUUAGUCUGCCAACAGAGGGCGUUAUCACGUGCUUUACACAAGGCGCCCAAAACCAACAAAUUCAUAAACAGAGGGCGUUGUUUACCCGAAGCUACAUUUUGACUACCUUUAGAUUUAUGCACUGUAAUUUUGUUUCGCGUGAAACAGAAUACACGACUGCAACACGGAUCUGAAUAUGGAUUUAUACUAAUGUAUGUAAAUUUGGAGCGUCAAAUCUGGGUGGCCGUGGGAUAACAUUAAAUUGUUCUGAAAUGUUGGUUAGCGAACAUAACUUUGGUCGCGAAAUGCCCCAUUGUCUUCAUUGGUAUUGAAAAAUGCACAUUUUAUGUGCAAGUAUAUACUGUUUGCGUCAAACAUACCAAUAUUCGUCUGCACGCUUAUGUACACGUGGGGAAACCAACGUUUCUCUGAGUCACAAUUCAGUAUCAUUUGUUGGAAUAUUAUUUACGCCGUAAAGAGAUAUUUUAUGUGGGAUUGUGAGUAAGUUUCUUAAGAGAAGGGGCCAGAAGUUUUGAUGUGCAUUUAGCUGAAUCUGGCUCUGACCUUUCGGUCACCCUGUAUUGCUGAAAAAGUUACUCCAUUGAAAACAGCUUCAGGUGUAAGGUUUUGUAAGCGCUAUUUAUCAUUCCGCAGGAUCAACAAUGUGGAAAUACUUGGACAGAGUAACACCUGUAGGUGUGAAACUGUGGAGCGAAAGGCGUGAAUACAGGGCUGUUGUGCAUGACUUCAGGUUGGAAAGGCAUAUACUACAUGUAGCUUUAAUGUCUGUAACUGUUGAGAGGAGGAGGUGUGUUGUUGAAUAUUGCUUUAGGACAAAUUAACAGAGUAUAAGCGCGCAGGCUUCUUACUGCAGUGAAACCCUCCCCUGUGUUAUUUCUGGCCGACCUCGUCCCGGAUUAGGGGGUUACAAAUCAAAUCACAUUAAACUAGGCUCAAGCCAUUACCCGAAGUCAGUAUCAAUCAAAACCCAAUUAGAAUUCACCAAGGUGUGACCGGGGAUUCUAGAUCACAUCGUCCCUGAGGGGGUUCGACAUACGUCAUGCAUAAUAUCGUCAUCAGGGCUCAAAGCCUAGCGGAUGUGAUUUACAAUUUUGGUAGGACAGACACAUUCCCCGGAGGGUUUCUCCAAAUACAACGUGCAUGGCUCUCAUAUCUAGAGCACCUGGGUAUACCACAGACUGCAUGUUCUAUGCAUGAGUUGGUGUUUGCAGAGCUUUGACGAUAUUUCUUAACAAGACACAUUUUCACCAAAUGCUAUCUCCAUGAAUAUAACUUGUGACUGGUAGUGGUUUUCAUUUUAAUUAAUUUCCGAAGUACGUUAUCUAAUUAACAAAAUUGAGCCGAGUAACCCUUAGCGCAACUUUCCAGGAUAUUUCUAUAACCGUGGUUGGGUAUUAAUACCAUCCUAUAUUAAAAGAUCCUACGGUGUCUGUUUGAUGUCUGUCUGAUGUCUGUGUGUCACUUUUUUUGUAAAAGGCUUAAGGACGUGUGCGGAGGCUCAAAAUGCAACGGUUAAUGGGGAGGUAUCCAGUGUAUGCAGGUCCUAUGCUACGAUUUCACUGUCCUCCGAAGUCACGUUUGGCACGUGAA